AUGCCGAGAGAAAUCGUCACGCUUCAGGUUGGCCAGUGCGGCAAUCAAAUCGGGAUGGAAUUCUGGAAACAACUAUGUAUGGAGCACGGCAUCGACCAGGAAGGUUUACUCGUUGACAGCAAACAGCAUGCGUACGCCGAAGAUCGGAAGGAUGUCUUCUUCUACCAGGCUGACGAUGAGCACUACAUCCCUCGCGCUCUCCUCUUCGAUCUCGAGCCUCGCGUUGUCAACGCUAUUCAGACCUCCGAAUAUAAGAAUCUGUACAAUCCCGAGAACUUCUUCAUCUCCAAGGAAGGGGGAGGUGCAGGAAACAACUGGGGCAGCGGCUACGCUCAGGCCGAACGUGUGCAAGAGGAGCUUCUGGAAAUGAUCGACAGAGAAGCCGACGGAAGCGAAAGUUUGGAAGGAUUCGUUCUCUGCCACUCUAUCGCUGGAGGCACUGGCAGUGGAAUGGGAAGCUACUUGCUGGAGGCGCUCUGCGACCGCUAUCCGAAGAAGCUCCUGCAGACCUUCAGUGUGUUUCCACUUCUCACGACCGAGACGAGUGAUGUGGUAGUGCAGCCGUACAACAGCGUCCUGACGCUGAAGAGACUCGCUCUGAACGCAGACUGCGUCGUCGUCCUUGACAACACUGCGCUGAAUAACAUUGCAGUCGAAAGACUGAAAAUUCACAAUCCUUCCUUUCAGCAGACCAACGCGCUGGUGUCGACUGUGAUGGCGGCAAGCACGAGCACUCUCCGGUAUCCUUCCUACAUGAACACCGACAUGCUCUCUCUCAUUUCCUCUCUCGUGCCUACCCCGCGGUGUCACUUCCUCAUGACGGGAUACACGCCUCUGACGCUCGACGCCUGCAUUUCGUCCGUCCAGAAAACGACGGUUAUGGACGUCAUGCGGCGUCUCCUGCAAACAAAAAACAUCAUGGUGUCUGCGUCGCUGCGGCGCGGCAUGUAUAUCUCCAUGUUGAACAUCAUUCGCGGUGAAGCGGACCCGACGCAGGUCCAUAAAAGCCUGCAGAGAAUCAAGGACCGACGCCUAGUGAACUUCAUUCGGUGGAACCCUGCGAGCAUCCAAGUCGCUCUGUCCAAGCAGUCUCCUUUCAUUUCUUCUCCUCACAAAGUGUCUGCACUGAUGAUGGCAAAUCACACAUCCAUCGCGUCUCUUUUUGAGCGCUGUAUCGUCCAGUACGACCGACUCUUUAAGCGCAAGGCUUUCCUCGACAAUUACAAAAAGGAACCUAUGUUUUCGAGUGCAGAUGGUGUCGGCAACUUCGAUGAAAUGGAGUGUUCAAAGGAAGUGUGCGUGAACUUGAUCGACGAGUAUCGGAGAGCAGAAGGCGACGAUUAUCUCUCUUCCUUUGGUGACUUUGGCGUUGGCCACCCUGCAUAA